UGAAAAUAAUUAUUCCACGAUGCCUCUCAAGAAGAUUGUUGCCUCAGAUAGUGCUGCAAAGAAAAAAAAGGAAGCCAUGGCUGUUGAAAUUAAGAAUGAAAUCAUAGAUAAAUAUGAGCGUGGUGUAAGAGUGACGGAAGCCUUCCUGAAUCAGAGGGGGACUCUUCUUCCCCACAGUAACCCGUUUCCUCCUCCCCACCUCCCUAUCGUCUCCAUCAAGCCAGCCAGGACUCUUCAUAAAGUGGUGGCAGGUAAAUUUCAGUUCUCCAUCCCACACCCUGAGGUCGCAGCACCCCAACAUUCAGAUGUGCUUCUGCCCUGCAUUUUUGCAAAUUCUCGGAUUGAACUCAAAGAUGUGCUGAUUGUGUGGAGACAUGAUGAUGCUGAGCUGAUUAAGUUUGACGCUGGACAGAUGAACCCCACAUCCAGAAGGGUACAGCUGUUUGUAAAUGAGAUAGAGAGGGGCAAUGCCAGUCUGCUGCUAAAGGAUGUGAUUAUUAGCGAUGAAGGGCAGUAUGAGUGCGGUGUUGUCGAAGCACCGAAUGAAGAAUAUGGCAGCAUCAAGUUUAAAGUAACAGUUGCCCCUCAAGUUAUUCUGAACGCUUCACUUUUUGUGAUGGAUCAGCCUGGCAUGCUGGAGUGCCAUGCUGAGGGCUUCUAUCCAAGAGACAUCUCUAUUAAGUGGUUCAGAGGUGCAACAAGCCUCCCCUUUCAAGAAGCUCCUCAAGUGCGGAGCAAUCCUGACGGCACGUUCAGUGUGCUGAGCGUUUAUAAGUACACUCCUUCUGGUGGGACAGCGAAUGAAACCGUCUCCUGUCAGGUAGACCACGAUUCUCGAAAUGUGCCCUGGGUGAAGAUGACUCGCCUCCAGUUUCACAAGCGCCCUUCAGUGACAGUGACAUCCCAAGUGCUGGGGCAGAACAAGGAGCAACUGUUGACCUGUCGCCUGGAUGGACACUACCCGGAUGACAUUGUGGUAACCUGGAUGAAAAAUGGAAAGGCUUUAAAUAAAUCCGAGCUGAAGGGUGACGGCACAUAUGUAACCACAGAGUCAAUUUUGCUGACCUCCUUCAAUGAGAAAGAUAAUUUCGCCUGCUUGGUGGAACAGGAAGGAUUUAAAGACCCCCUUACCAAAAUCAUUCCCAUCGAGAUGGAAGGAGGCAACUCCCAGAGCGCCAUUACAGCUUUGUCCGUUGUUGUAGGAGUCCUGCUCAUUUUGGUCCUGACUUUGCUGUGUGUUGUCUUUCUACUUAUAAAGAGAAAUCACCAGUUGCAGACACAAGAAAGAAAUCACAAACAAGAGGGCACCGGUCUUCUGACUAAAAGUGAUGGUGGGAAUGUCUGUGGUACAUCACCGACUAAUCAGAGUGACAGCAUAAGAUCGGAGUGAACCUCGAAGAAGAAGGAGAGCGACGGGUGCAUUGGGAUGCUCUAGUUUUCUGAGUUGGUGUGAAUAUGUCUGCCAAAGAUGCACAGUAAGAACAUUACGGGAGCUGAACUGAAAUCUCAUGAAUAGAAAGGAAGAUCAGACUGCUGGCUGUGGUGACAGGGUUCGAGUUGUGCUGCUAAAGCUUUGUGUGCCCAUUUGCCAAGUUACUUUAUAUCUUAUUAAUGCUUUAGAAUGGCUGAUUUAAAGAAAUGAUGAUGCUUUUUGAUUUUCAAUGUGUUAAGAUCUUAAUUUCAGAUUUUAAAAGUGUUUAUUAAUAUUGUCAAGAGAAUCAAAUUCAUGAGACUAAAUUGCAAAAUGCUGAGACACAGAACUGUAGCAGGUCUCGCUCAAACUCAGAUAUUCUUCAAAUAUUUAAAAGCUUCUCUUUUUACGAGGCGUCAUAUAAAAAGGUCAGGCCUACUUCUUCUUUUCUUCUGUCUUUGUAUUUUUCUUUUGCAGUUGUACACAUGUAGUCUGUUAAGUUCCUACGUCCUUGCAGCAUACUGAGCUUUAAAUUUAGACAACUGGAAACGCCAUUUAAUCCCAGCCUGAGCCCAGAUAUACCAGUUAGUGUAGGGGGCAGAGGACAAGGGAAUGGGGGGAUUAGUAGGUGGCUUACACACUUGAUAAUAUAACACACUAAAAUAGCACUUGGUGAUUUAUAUAUGUUUGUGUUUGUUAUUUAUAAGAAUGCUAGAUUGGUGGCUUCAAAUCAACAUUCUGGGUGUAUUAUUUAAGUUAUUUAAUAAAUGUUUUAUUAGUGCCUUAAUUAAAAAAUUGUAAUUACUUUGUCAUGUAAUGUUUCAACAUGCCAUACCUUUCAUGGCACUCAUUUCCAGUUGUCUGUGCCACAGAGUUCAGGUAUUCAGUGCUUUAUCUCGUAACAGUCAAACACUAUUAGAGUGUUCAGUGAUACAAGACCCUCAAAAUACCACUAAGUAGGCUCCGGGCUCAGAUGAAUGGAUGGACGUUCAUUAGUUGGGCAGCCAGAGGUGUUUUGGGUCACUUUGGCUGCGUUCAGCUGGUUUGAGACAGACAGGGAGGACAAGCUCUCCAAUGGGAAAUUCCAAGUGAAGUCCGUUCAGCAUGUUAGCUGCUAGUGGGUCAGUUAUUGUGUUUGGAGUGAUGUAAUGUACAUUUAGUGUGUUUUGCUUUUUAUAACCACAAACAAAUGAAAAAACUUGAGUUAAUUCUUAGUUGCUUUUUGGCAGCACAAGGAGCAAGCAACAGCGGCCUUGCAUCUCUUCAAGAACGCUAACCGGAAAUUCGGGUCAAUGCAAAGAAGUGGAAAAAUCCACGAAAAAGUGUCUGCCAGAAGACAACAGAAAAAAAAUGAAAUGAAAAUCUCAACUUGAUUUAAGUUUAGAAAAAUUAAGUGGACAAGACUGGCGAGCUUUGUUUGGGCUUAAUGGCCUGUUCUUCUCCAGAUUGUACUAAUAUUCUAAUUUAUAACAAACUAAUUGUUUAGAUUGACCGUCUGCGACUAUCUGUUUUAUAGACCCUCUAUGUCUAUCAUCCUUUCAUAGGAAGCAAGAAGCUCUGCAGGAAGCAUUGAGUACAAACAGUGAAGUGGAAUACGAAUCAAACGCAUGGUCUAAAUGUCAGAUGGUGGUUGCACCUUAUCAAGCUGCACUGCUAUCAGGGGAAGCUCCAGCUUUUAUCGCAGACGUGGCUCAGGCGCCUCUUUUUUAAGGCUGAAUUCAUGUAUUACGGGAGAAAUGAGAAGCACAAGUUUCAUGGUGAGAACUCUAACAUGAAAGUCCACCAAAGUGGUAGCUGCUCCCAGUUUCUGCUCUCGAAAGUCUUCAUGUAUCUUCUAGUACUGUGCUGUUCAAGUCAGCUUGUGCCCGUAGGAAAGAGGGAAUACAAAAUAAUGUUGGGAUGGCAGAAAAGCUGAGUGCACAGUCACAGCCAUCAGUUAAGAAGUUACAUGAUACUGAGGUGAAGAAUUAAGCAGAAAAAUGUUUCUAAUCCCAGAAACUGAGGAAUUGUUUUAUUUCAGAACUUCCAUUUAGGAAAACAGACCUGGUUUACCAGGAUCAGCACUUCUAUAUGUUAUUUAAAUGGUUUUAUUUUCCACUAAAGGAAGGGAGCCUGAUACUCCCACGAUAAUUCACAGUCAUGUUUAUGUCUAUUUAUUUUCUUAAUGUAUUUACCACUAAAAACGUUUUAUUAAUAUUAGUAUCAAUCUCUUGUAGCUGGUUAAUUCUCAUAUAUUAUGUAUUGUAUAUACAGUAUAUUAUUAUAUAUACCUGCGCUUCACUGUAAUUUCCUUGUUUUUCUCAUAUUGCAUUUCAUCUCACUUAUAAGCUGUAUGUUAUCGCUAUGUUCAUGUAUGUGAUAUACGCCAUGUUGUAUUGGUCACUUAUGCGGAAUGCUGCCUUUAAACUGAUUUCUCAGGUCUGAUUCCCAUGUGCUUUGCCGAAAAAAAUGAUACCUGUGGCUGUGAAGUGAACUGUGUUGUCUUUAACAGCUUAAUAAUCAAUGAUGUAAUACCUAUUAUUUUGGGUUCGUGUGAGUUACAACUUUCUGAUUAAAUAAGAGCUCUUAACGAA